GCUAGUCCCCCAAAUAGACCUGGCGGAAUAUACAAGCCUGGUGUGUUGAAUCGUAACGCAAAAAAAACAAGGCGCAGCUUCGCAUCGCAUCGUGUGUGAGAGCAUUAUAACGGCAGUGAGUGUAGCGCUGUUUGGGGCUGUUAGCGUUAGUAAUAACAGCAGCGCGAGAGCGGAGAGCAGAAGCGCGAGGCAGCGCGUGCGGAGGAAUACACACAGACUUUAUUUACUCUGCGUCUUGUUCUUCAGGGUUUUUUUUAUUAUUAAUAAAAAACUUUCUCCACGUUAUAACUCUUAGACUGCGUUUGAAGGUUUUUUGUGACUUCUGCACAGCUCUUCUUUCACCGCGGAGGAAGCACGCGCGUGCGUUUGAACCUUUGCGUACCUGGACCUGCCCCUCCAAAGACGAACAACGUUUGAACAUUUUUUCCCUCAGGGACAGGAUCUGGUAUGGCAGUUGCUCAUUGCACAAGCUGAGCACUCUAAAGCUAAGGCAGAAGUGGUAUUAAGUCAUGAUGCAGGAGUCGGCCAGUGAGACAAUAAGCAACAGUUCAAUGAGUCAAAAUGGAAUGAGCACCCUAAGCAGCCAAUUAGAUGCUGGCAGUAGAGAUGGAAGAUCAAGCGGUGACACAAGCAGCGAAGUAAGCACAGUCGAGCUGCUGCAUCUGCAACAACAGCAGGCCCUUCAAGCAGCAAGGCAAUUACUCUUACAGCAACCAGGCAGUGGCCUGAAGUCUCCAAAGAACAACGACAAACAGCGUCCACUGCAGGUGCCAGUGUCAGUGGCCAUGAUGAGUCCACAGGUCAUCACUCCCCAGCAGAUGCAGCAAAUCCUCCAGCAGCAGGUCCUCUCGCCUCAGCAGCUCCAGGCGCUUCUACAGCAGCAGCAGGCAGUCAUGCUGCAGCAGCAACACUUGCAGGAGUUCUACAAGAAGCAGCAGGAGCAGCUUCACCUCCAGCUUUUGCAGCAACAGCACCCCAGCAAACAGGCAAAAGAGCAACAGCAGCAGCAGCAGCAUCAGCAGCAGUUAGCGGCACAGCAGCUGGUCUUUCAGCAGCAGCUCCUGCAGAUGCAGCAGCUCCAGCAGCAGCAGCACUUGCUCAGCAUGCAACGGCAGGGCCUGCUUUCUUUGCCCCCGGGCCCAGGACAGAGCGCCCUCCCUGCACAGACUCUCCCGCCAGCAGGCCUGAGCCCGGCCGAGCUCCAGCAGUUGUGGAAGGAUGUGACCAGCGGCCACACCAUGGAUGAUAAUGGCAUGAAACACAGCGGCCUGGACCUCAGCACCACCAACUCUUCCUCCACUACCUCCUCCACCACCUCCAAAGCUUCUCCGCCAAUCACUCAUCACCCUAUCGCCAACGGCCAGUCCCCAGUCAUCAACACUCGCAGAGAGAGCUCUUUACAUGAAGAGACUGGAGCAUUACACUCACAUUCUCUCUAUGGUCAUGGAGUGUGCAAAUGGCCAGGCUGUGAGAGCAUCUGCGAGGAUUUCGGACAGUUUUUGAAGCACCUUAACAGUGAGCACGCUCUAGAUGACAGGAGCACAGCCCAGUGCCGGGUCCAAAUGCAGGUGGUACAGCAGCUAGAGAUACAGCUUUCUAAAGAACGUGAGCGUCUUCAGGCAAUGAUGGCCCACUUGCACAUGCGGCCCUCAGAGCCCAAGCCAUCUCCUAAACCGUUGAAUCUCGUGUCAAGCAUGACCAUGUCAAAGAACCUGCCAUCGGUGUCACCCCCAAACCUCCCCCAGACCCCAACCACACCCACCACUCCGAUCACACCACUGAGCCAGAUGCCCCAGGUGCCCUCCGUCCUGAGUCCCGCCAGCGUGCCGAGCAUGGGCGCCAUGCGCAGACGCCACUCUGACAAGUAUUCCAUGCCACUAUCCUCAGAAAUAGCCCCAAACUAUGAGUUUUAUAAGAACGCUGAUGUCAGACCACCAUUCACAUAUGCAACGCUCAUCAGGCAGGCUAUCAUGGAUUCAAAAGACAUGCAGUUAACACUUAAUGAAAUCUACAGCUGGUUUACGCGCACCUUUGCCUACUUUAGACGCAACGCUGCCACUUGGAAGAAUGCAGUGCGCCACAACCUCAGUCUGCAUAAGUGUUUUGUGCGGGUGGAGAAUGUAAAGGGAGCGGUUUGGACGGUGGAUGAGAUGGAGUACCAGAAACGCAGAUCUCAGAAGAUAACAGGGAGCCCGACACUGGUGAAGAACCUGCCGCCCAGUCUGGGUUAUGGAGCAGCUCUUAAUGCAAGCCUGCAGGCGGCUCUGGCAGAGACCUCUUUGCCCUUGCUGGGCAAUACAGGCUUGAUGAACAGCAGCGCGUCAGGCCUGAUGGGUGCCAGUCCUCCAGGUUUGCAUAGUGGAAGCCCACCUAGCCUUUUACAGAGCAGCACCCAUGACGAGCUCAACGGCUCCCUCGAGCACCUCGACACCAAUGGUCACAGCAGCCCCGCCUACUCCCCACACCCCCACAUUUUUGGCAUGUUUUUCAGGCCCCCAAUUCACGUCAAGGAGGAACCACUCAACAUGGACGAUGAUGACUGUCCAAUGUCACUGGUGACGACAGCUGAUCACAGUCCAGAGCUGGAUGAGGAUCGAGAGCUUGAGGAGGGAAACCUAUCAGAGGACUUGGAGUGAUGUCUCUCUCCUCCCUCGUUUGCUGGGACUCCGCCCCCCCCACCCUGAGCAGCCGGCCCCUCGAACCACUCCACAACCACAGAAAGGCAGCAGACGGAAGCGAGGAAUAUUUAUUUAGAAAGCGCCAGGAGACUGUCCCAAAGAAACACUCACAGCCCUUUGAGGACCGUUUGAGAACAGGCAGCAGACAUCUGCCUUUUAAAUGAUAAUGAACAUAGGACAAGAUUUCAUUCAGAUUGCUUGGCCACUUCAUACCAUGCACAGCAGACUCAUGGACAAAACAAAAUAAAAAACUUGAGUCUUUUCUGUAGAAACGUUGAUGGCCACAUAUACUGCCAAAAAGUUGAAAUUUGUGAAUAUCCGACCCACAGUAGUCUCUGAUGUUAGAUACAAUUGCUGGUUCAAUUCAAGUUGUUGCUAUGUUAUUAUUUGCACAGGAGUAGUACCAGAAAUUAGUGUCACUGCCUGUAUGUUGCUAAACGCUUUAAACAACAGUAUUUCUUUUUUCUUUUCUUUAUUUUCCUUUUACCAACCUUUUUUUUCCAUUAUGUUUACAACACCACCAACUGUAAAUGCCAUUUUUAAAGUCACACCAAUAACAGACCUGCGGUAUCAAGACUGUUGCAGCUGUCCAAAAAAGUCUCCAGUGUCUCUAUCUCUGUUUGUGCUGAAAAGUGAAAUGUGAUAACUGAGUUGAAAUGUAAAUGUUUGUGUAAGCAUCAUGCUGAGGAAAAAAAAAAUGUGCAUUUCUGCA